GCAGCCAGCGUUGAUAAAGAGAAGAGAGAGGGAACUCCUCACAAACGCUCGCUCAGCCUGUGUUACAAGAGGGGCUAAGAAUGAAGAAAAACACUAUCAGCCCACAUCAGCCCAGGUGAAACAGGACAAUGACUUUAAAUCCCAGCUUCCUGUCAAUACACAGAUCAUAUCAGGUUUUAAUGUCAGUGUUGGGGAUGAACUCCUGGUGCUGGCCCAGCUCAGUGACAGAAGGAGGGCUCUCGGCCUCCAGAGGAUGGCUGCGCUGGUUCUUGCUGCUGAAGUUGGUGACGGUGCUGCUGUUCCCGCACAGCGCAGUCCUCCCUCUGCUGGUGAGCUGCAUGUACAGCCUGCGGGUCCUGUUGCUGCUCCGCUCCCCGCACGUCUCCACCAAGCCCUCCACUGUGCUGCUGGGCCAGCUGGCUCUCACAGACAGUCUUGUGCUGCUGAACUGGAUGCUUCAGCUGGGAGCGACUCUGGCCUGGUGCAUGGAGGUGACGGGCUGUGAGGUUAAGAUGGGCCCCAUGAAGGUGGGGGAAACAGUCUGGUGGAAGGAAGCUGUGAACCCACUCCGUCAGCUGCUGCUUGAUGCCCACCACCUGGCCUCUCUGCUCCUGCUGGGGCUGCUGGGACUGGAGGCCACGCUGGUGUCACGCUGGCCUCAGCAGACUCGGAGAUUCAGGACUUCUCGCUGGGCUCAGCUGAGCUGCAGCCUGGUCUGGAUAAUUGUGCUGCUGGAACUAUUUUUCUCGCUCCACGUGCCUCUUAUUCCUUAUUCUUCAACACUACACAACUCUGAAACUUCCUCUCCGGGUCUGGUGCCUUCUCCCUUCCUUCCAGCUCUCUCCUCCUGCGUGAGGAGGACAUUAUGGCUGGUGAAUUUAUGUCUGCAUUAUGCUGUCCGCUACAGCAAACCACAGAAGAGAAAGAGCUCCUUUCAUUAAAGGCUUUGGCUGUAAAUUGGCAUGAAUUCAACCUAAAUUACUGUCUAUCCUUGCCAUUAUAUUUAAUUGUUUUUAUAUAACAAAACUAUGUUUUAUAUGUAUAGAAGAUAUUCUAAAUAACAUAUCUUUAUAUGGGCCUUAAAGAGAGACUAUGAAUCUUUAUAAGUAAUAUUUAGAAGUUUGUUAAAAUUAGCUACAAGCCACAAGCUACUGGUCAUCCCAGACCAGACAAGGCUGUAGCAA